UAACGAUAUCAACAAUAAUAACAGUAUUGAUUCUAAUGAUCAACACCUUAGGCUUGUUCCUCGUUCAAGUGGACAAACAAAUAUCACUAAUCAAUUCUUGGCUUCUACUCAAAACCACAAUAAUAAUCUCCAUCAAAACGUUGAUUCAAUUAAUUCCACCCAUGAAAAUUCAGCAGAUAAUAAUUUCAUUCAACAAAGCUCCUUUAACAGUAAUUCUGUCAGUCUAAACAAUAUAAUUCCAACGGGUGUCAGUAAUAAUAAUAUCAUUGAGCAAAACAUAUUUGCCGGUCCAAUAAGCAACAAUAACAACAUUAUGAACGUUACCCAUCAAAGCUCUCAAAAUUCUAAUAAUUGUCAAAAUGAUCAAAUAUUAAUUAGUCGCCAGCAACUUCAAGAUAUAUUUAAUCGACAGUUCGAACUGACAGCAAUGAUUAAUAACAUCAUUAAUAAAUAA